AACAAUGAUAAGCUUCAUACUAUUGGGUUUGGGCAUUUGUGCUGCUGCGAGAUCACGCCUUGAUCUUGAGGCGGGUCUCAACUUGGGUGCCGGUGUUGUGCAUCAUGGUGGUGUGGUAGUCGGAGGUCAUGGUGGUGGUGGAGGCUCUGGCGGAGGCGGAGGAUACGGAGGCGUAGGAGAGCAUGGUGUAGGUGGCUAUGGAGGAGGCGCUGGAGGAGGUGAAGGAGGCGGUGCAGGAUAUGGUCCUGGAGGAGGAGGAGGAGCUGGUGGUGGAAGUGGAGGAGGAGGUGGUGGCGGUGCUGGAGCUGGCGGAUAUGGUGGGGGUGCUGGUAAAGGCGGCGGUGAAGGCUAUGGUGGAGGAGGAGCUCACGGGGGUGGCUAUGGAGGAGGAGGUGGUAGUGGUGGAGGUGGAGGCGGUGGUGCUGCUGGUGGUGGUUAUGGAGGUGGAGAAGGAGGUGGAGCUGGUGGCGGAUAUGGAGGGGAACAUGGAGGAGGAUAUGGAGGUGGGGGUGGAAGUGGAGGUGGUGGAGGAGGAGGUGCAGCUGGUGGAGGACACGGAGGGGGUUAUGGCAGUGGUGGAGGAUAUGGCGGAGGAGCUGCUGGUGGCGGUGGAGGCGGAUCUGGAGGUGGCGGUGGUGGGGGGUAUGGUGGUGGAGGUGCUCAUGGAGGUGGAUAUGGAGCUGGUGGUGGGAGUGGCGAAGGAGGUGGCCACGGUGGAUAUUACCCCUGAGAUUGGAUUACAACAAUGGCGCAAACAGAAGAGCUCCUCAUACUCAUGCUAAUUAAUAUAACUAGAUAUGAUAAGAAAUAUGUACUAUGAAAAAUUUAUAAUAAGAAAAUGGGUACGAGGAUGCUGAUAUAAAGUAAUGAGUGUGCUUUGUUUUCGUCAAGUGUAUGAUCAUGUCAAAAGGCCGUCUCAAGAUUGUUAUAUAUACAUAAUAGUAAUUGAUGAUUACAUUACCGGUUUCAGUAA